AUGAAGAUUCGUCAAAUCCUGCUGUGCUUCCAUUUGUUGCUUCCCCUGGUCCAUGGGCAAGUGAGUCUACCAGGUCAAGACGCAGCCGAACCAGAAGCAGAAGAACAAGUCCCUGCUGAAGUCACCAUUAGUGACGAUAAUGCUUGUACUGGCGAAAACAGUUGCCAAGAGAAUGAUGUGACGACCAUGACGAUUGGUCCCAACGCCUGUAAUGGGAAAGAGGGCUGCUCUUCCAACAAGGGGGAAACGCUCCGUGUGGGAAAUGGAGCCUGCAAUUCUGCCAAGGACAUUACCGAUGCGGAAUGGGUCGGGCCGCAAGGAAGUACGGGCACAUGUUCGUUCAACUCGGGCAACUUGAUUGCGGGCAACCUCGGAUGUACAGGAGCGGGGGCUUGCACCUACAAUAGGGCCAAUUUACAGACCGGUCCAGGUCCUCGUGGAUGUACAGGGGAGCUCUCCUGUUCCUACAAUGGCGUCAAUCUAUUUGUCUCGGACGAAGCCUGUGGUGGUGAUGGAUCGUGUUCCGGCAACAAUGGUACUGGAACGACGACCAUUGCCCUGGGUGCUUGUUCUGGGGACGGAUCAUGCCGCAAUAAUCCAGGACGAAUGUCCAUUGGAGAGAAAUCUUGUACGGGGGAGAAUUCCUGUCAGAACAAUCUACAGUUUCGCGAGACGUUGACGAUUGGCAGCAAUGCCUGCACCAAGGACAAUAGUUGCAAUCAGUGUCCCGAUGAUGUGCCCGAUGGAGCCGAGGAUUGCGAGGGUGGUGUCCCUCCUCCAGAUCCUCCGACUGUCACCAGUGAUCCCGCCACGAGCAGCAGUACUGACAGCCCCGCCGCCGAAAGCGAGACUGCAGCUCCAGAAACAAGCAGCUCGGCAACGGAUAACAGGGCACAACAACUACAUCAAGUAGUAGGGAUUUGGUUGACUGGCGUGAUGCUUUCUUUAUUAUUGGUACAUUCGAAUUGA